AUGAAGGGCAAGGAAGAAUUUAAAACUGUGAACGAAUUAUGGCUUGGAGAGUUUAAGAGAAAGUACAAGUGGCUACUUGAACAUGAAGACGAAAUUAAGAACAUAUUUGAUCAUAAAGCCUCUGAUGCAUAUUCAAACACAAUGUAUAGGGUGAGAAAAAAAAUUGAUCCAGGUGAUUGGAUUCCUACUGAAACACUCAAGAUAUUAGAAAAAAAAUGGAAUGACGAUAAGUGGAAAAGAAAGUCAGAAAUUAACACUCACAAUAGAAGAUUUUCGGAUGGUCCACUACAUACUAGAGGAUCAAUUCCAACAACCGAGCACUAUAAGAGAUUAAAUGAGUAUGAAAAAAGGAUUCUUGAGAGGGACUCACAAGAGGCACAUGGAGAUGAUGUUUCUAGUCAUCAAUCUGACAACAACAUCUUCUUAGAUGUUGUUGGAGGAGUGGACAAGAAGGGUCGUAUAUAUGGUUUGGGACCAGAAGCAGCAAAGUACAAGUCAUUUAGAUCUUCAACAUUUGACGGUAUCUCAUCAUCUGAAUAUUAA